AAAAAAAAAAAAUCUCUCGUGUGGCGCCUCUUCCCUUUUCUAGCCUUCUCAAUCUUCAACCUGCAAUUUUUUUCCCGGAAAUUUUUUUCCGGUUUUUGACUGAAACCCUAACCCGUUUUCUCUGGCGCUGCGUUCGAGGGGAGGUAGUGUAAGUAAUUUCGAUGGAGUCGAUACAUAGCCGAGUGGAGGCGUGGAUCAGGGACCAGAGGGCGAGGUUCCUGCGCGUUUCGUGGGGCCCGCUUCAGUGGAGGUUCCGCUGGCCGCCUUGGAACGGAAGCGAUGCGGAUCAGAGGAACAUGAUCCGGCGAGAGUACGAGAAGCGGAAGAAGCAGCUUCAGGAGCUUUGCCGCGCCGUCAAGGCCGAGUCCGUGGCGGAUUUGCAGGACAUCCUCUGCUGCAUGGUCCUUUCGGAAUGCGUUUAUAAGAGGCCUGCCAGUGAGAUGGUUCGGGCUGUGAACAAAUUCAAAGCCGACUUUGGAGGACAAAUUAUUUCGCUGGAGAGAGUGCAACCUUCAUCAGACCAUGUUCCUCACAGGUAUCUACUGGCAGAAGCAGGUGAUACGUUAUUUGCAUCCUUUGUUGGGACUAAGCAAUAUAAGGACAUCAUGGCUGACGCAAACAUACUACAAGGUCAUAUAUUUCAUGACGAUGUCGGAGAGGAUGAACACAUUGCAGCACCUGAGCCUAUUCAAGGUGAAAAUCAAAAGAAUAAUGGAGAGAGUCAGCGGAAACCUCUCGAAUCAAAGCCUAAGCAACUAAAACAAAAACCUAAGCCUGCUGCUCAUCGGGGGUUCUUAGCUCGUGCUAAAGGGAUACCUGCUCUGGAGUUAUACAGACUUGCUCAGAAGAAGAAGCGGAAACUUGUGUUGUGUGGACACUCACUUGGUGGAGCUGUAGCUGCAUUAGCUACACUUGCCAUAUUAAGAGUUGUUGCUGCAUCUACGAAGAAAGAAAGUGAAAAUAUUCAUGUCAAAUGUAUAACAUUUUCCCAGCCCCCUGUUGGAAAUGCUGCUCUGAGAGAUUAUGUUCAUGAAAAAGGGUGGCAACAUUACUUCAAGAGCUACUGUAUACCUGAAGAUUUGGUACCCCGAAUAUUAUCACCUGCAUAUUUUCAUCAUUAUAAUGAGCAAAGACUGUCAAUGGCUGGAGCCACUGAGUUACCAAUGUCAAACGAGAAAGAUCAAGUAGUAAAGUCAGAUGCAGAAAAGACAAACGAGAAAGAACAGGAACAUUUGGUUAUGGGUGUUGGCCCUAUUCAGAGGUCUUCCUGGAGACUUUCAAGGCUUGUUCCUCUUGACGCUGUCAGAAAACAGCUUGAUAGGUAUAGGGGAAAGAAAGUUGAUCCUGCAGAGACUUCCACUAUGAAUGAAUCAGCGGUGCCAGUUCCAAUGGAUGAUGCAGUUGCUGAACCUCAAUCUCUUGAAAUAGAGGAGGGCAGCGAUGGUAUAUCUCUCAAACCAUUGCCAGAUACUGGUAGUGGACAAACAGUUAAUGGAAGCUCUGAGGGAAAAAACAAUGCUUCCAUUGGGGAUGGGAAAAGAUGGCGAAGGGUUCCUUAUUUGCCGUCGUACGUUCCUUUUGGACAGCUGUAUCUCUUGGGAACUGCAUCUGUGGAAUCACUUUCAGAAGCCGAAUACUCAAAGUUGACAUCGGUCAGAUCUGUGAUUGCCGAACUGAGGGAACGCCUUCAGUCACAUUCUAUGAUGUCUUAUAGGUCUCGCUUUCAGAGAAUAUAUGACCUCUGCAUGGAUAACAAUGCUUUCUUUGGGGUGGAUCAGCAACAGCAAUUUCCGCAUCUACAACAGUGGCUUGGACUUGCUGUUGGCUGUAGCGUAGAACUUGGGCAUAUUGUGGAGUCCCCGGUAAUCAGGACAGCAACUUCCAUCGCCCCUCUUGGCUGGACAGGUGUUCCGGGUGAUAAGAACUCAGAACCUCUAAAGGUUGAUAUAACUGGAUUUGGGUUGCAUUUGUGUACUUUCGUUCAUGCCCAAGUGAACGGCAACUGGUGCUCAACUACGGUGGAAUCCUUCCCUUCAGCACCGACAUAUUCUACUGAUAACGUGGAACAGACUGAACUACAGAAGAUAAGGGUGACGAUUGGUACUCCUUUGAAGCGACCUCCAAGCCAUCAGAUGGUUGAAGACUCUUUGGUAGAUAUGUUCUCUUCGGUCGAUUCAAGUGCCAGUUCUCCCAUGAAAGAAAUCGGGUUAGGAUUUUUCAAAGAGGAUAAGUUUAUUUGUCCUGAAGGCUUGGAGGACUUUUACAUAUUCUGUACCAGCGAUUUCGCGACCGUAUCCAAGGAGGUUCAGGUCAGAGCACGUAGGGUACGAUUACUCGGGCUUGAGGGUGCUGGUAAAACAUCUCUUUUCCGGGCAAUGCUAGGUCAAAGCAUGUUGAACUCGAUGACCCAUGUGGAGAAUCUACAGGUACAGUCAGAUAUUCAAGAAGGCAUUGUAGGCGGUGUUUGCUACAUUGACACUCUGGGAGUGAAUCUGCAGGAACUGCACUUAGAGUCUUCACGUUUUAGAGAAGAACUAUGGAAGGGAGUUCGUAAUCUAAGUAAGAAGAUAGAUUUAGUCAUUCUUGUGCACAACUUGUCCCAUAGAAUACCCCGUUACCUCAACACAACACAACAACAACCGGCACUUGAGCUUCUAUUAAACGAAGCUAAAUCACUCGGCAUCCCUUGGGUUCUUGCUAUAACGAACAAGUUCUCUGUCAGUGCACAUCAGCAAAAGGAUGCUAUCAAUGCUGUUCUUCAGGCAUACCAAGCAUCCCCGAGCAUGACCGGAGUUGUGAAUUCUAUUCCGUACAUUAUUUGUAGUUCGGGAAACUCUUCUUUGCCGUGGGCAGCCGUUAAUGUAGACAACAAUGGAGGAGUAGGAAGCCAGAAACUGAUAUUCGCUCCGCUUAAUCUUGUCAGAAAGCCUUUCCAGAGAAAGGAUACUGUUUUCCCUGUGGAUGGUGUGAACUCGCUUUGCCAGCUUGUUCACCACAUGCUUCGGACCCAAGAAGAGGCCUGCUUUCAGGAACUUGCCACAGACAGAUUGUCAGUGGAACUUGCGAGGGACCGUGCAAUGGCGCUGGACAAGAAGAAAGAUCCACGGGCGAAGUCAGCCAUGUCAGCUGCGGCAGUUGGUGCUUCACUCGGUGCGGGUCUCGGAUUUGUCUUGGCCGUGGUAAUGGGCGCGGGCUCUGCUUUAAGGAAGCCUUGAUAUAAAUAUUACCCAAUUCUCCAUUCUGUUAUACGUACAUGAUUUACAUGGAAAACAAAACAUGAUGGCAAUUAGAGCUAUAGAUUUUUUUAAGUCAUUUGGCUUAGGAUUGUGUAGUAUUCACACGAAACAAGGUGAGAGAUUGAAAUUCUUGAGCUUUUUUCAGAGAUAUAUUGCCAUAAAUCUCUCUGGAGAUUCAUUGUCACACA